AUGCUUGGAAGGCUUUGGUGCAAAGCCAUUUUUACUGGCUGUAAGUGGGGUCUCCAGAACCAAAGGGAGCACACAGCUCUUCUAAAAAUUGAAGGUAUUUAUGAUAGAGAUGAAACCGAGUUCUACUUUGGCAAGAGAUGUGCUUAUGUGUAUAAAGCAGAAAACAACACAGUGACUCUUAGUGGCAAACAAAACAAAACCAGAGUAAUCUGGGGAAAGGUAACUCAUGCCCACGGAAACGAUGGCGUGGUUUGGGCCAAAUUCCAAAGCAACCUUCCUGCUAAGGCCAUUGAACACAGAAUCCAUGUGAUGCUGUACCCCUCGGGGAUUUAA